AUGCAGCACGAAAGUCGGGCAAAGGACUGGGCUUCUGCUGAUUCGAAGCAGCGGGCUCUUUUUCCGCAGCUUUAUUCAAAUCAGGGCCGAUCCACACGGCAUAAUAGGCUGUCGCAACCACCUACGAUGAUCAGCAGUAUUCCAGCCAUCUCAGCGAAAAAUGUUCCGGUGCACUCACUAUACCGAGGUGGAACUAUGGCCAGGUCGGUUUAUAACGAACCUGAUUACACAUCAGCAGCUAUGGGCAAGUACAGCGAGUGCAUGUUUCAUCUACCCCAGUCCAACGACAUGGGGCCAAGUUCAUCAGGCCAGUCUUCUCUUCAUACUAAUGGCUCUUCUACUCAGUCGCUCGGCUCCUUUUCUAAAAAGCAUAUCGGUUCAAGACCAUUAUAUUCACGCUCUCUUUCAAAUAAUUUGUCAUUUGGACAAUCCUCACCUUUCAUGAGGCAUAGGAGGUGUCAGUCCUCGGCUGGUUCGACAGACGAUGGCAAGCGACUUGUCUACCAAUUUCUUAACGUGGACGAAGACGAAAAGGAUAACGAAGCGGGCAACUUCUCGAGAAGAUCAACGGCCUCAUUUAUUUACCCUAGCACACAUGAUUGUAAUCUGCCGCAUCUGGUUUACUGCGAUUUGAAAAACUCUUUAUCUUCGUUGAAUGAGAAGAACAGAAAUCCAGAGGAACUUCCUCCCUCCGAGAGUGGUUCAUACGAUCAAUACAUUGCUGAUGAGCUUGCCAAGUUUGAAGCGUGCAUAAGAGAUACAAUGAUGUGUGUCCUAAUUGGCAAAGAGUCAACAAUGAAGGACAAUUUUAAGCAACUUGAGUCUUUAGAAGACGAUGUUCAUCACAUGAAAUCAGCGAUCCAGGAGAUUAAAACUGAAUUCGAGCAAACUUACAUGUACAAUAUAAGGUACGCUUUUAAUAAAGAAGAUGAGAACUCAUUCAUAAGAAAACUUACACGUGCAAUAUCUGAACAUUUAGAGAGUCUGGGUUCACUUGAGCAGCGGAUAUCAAACUGCAAGGAGGAAUUAGGAAAGCAGAAGGAAGCUUUGCAAAAACUUGAGACCACUGUACGAUUGAAUGAGAUGUUGCAGGAUUCGCAAAGUAAUAGAAAGUUUUGUGAUAAAAUGAAGGAGCAUGUAGGUAUUAUUUCGGACGCAGUUGCAUUGAUAAUGGUAAUCAUUGUUAUUAUCUUCUGUAGAGCAUACUUCAGAAGAUUCAACGUGUAA